AGCUAGUGCAGAUUGAGGUUCUUGGAAUUGAAUUUUGAAGUUGAGUUUGAUAUUUGGUCAGACAGAAUGUCGACUGUGGGUAAUCGCCGUUCGUCGUUGUCAUCGUCGACGACGUCGUCUCUGGCCAAGCGACAAGCCUCUUCGUCGGAGAAUACUGGGAAGGCCGCUGCUUCCAGGGCCAAGAAGCGAGCGUCUAUCGCCAACAUCACCAACCAAAAUAAUGGAUAGAGAAUCUUGGUUGAGUCCUCUGCUUUGGUGUGUAUGCCAUAUUCUUCAUCAUUUCUUACUUCUAUUUUCGAUUCUUGAGAAAAAUGCAGUAAAGAAUGCGGACACAA